UGGCCGCCCUACCCACCCACCAGGACCGGGCCCUGGCAGAGGGGCACACCCGCCUGCCCUUCCCCAGGCCGAGAAAUUCCCCACCGGGGCGUUGGAGCUGCCGGGGCGGGAGGUGCCCGGUGGUGCAAGCCCCAGAGCCGUGCAGUUCACCAGCAGGCAGCAGCUCUGCGGCGCACAUCACUGCUGGAGCGCGAUGCCAUGGGAUACGGGCAACAGGUGCGGAGACACCACGGAUAGCAGUGACACCUCCGAGGGGCUGCCAGGCCUCGGGCAGGACGCAGCCACCCCGCUGCCCCCUUUUCAAACAAGCCUCUAACGGCAGACAGCACAUCUCUUCCACUUGCCAGAAAUAAUCACUGCACAUUCACUUUUUCCCUGGUAUUUUCAGGCUGUGAGUAAAGUACGUAUCAGCAGCGCUAAAGGGAAGCGCCCUGGGGUGGCCUCUGGGGGUGACCUUGCCCCAGACCAGUUGACGUCAGGGCCCACAACAGCCACCACGCCGAGGGCGACUGGAGGACACAGACAUGAUGCUCCUGCCCAUCCCACUGGGGAGAGCAUGUCACACCCGGCGGUGCCAGUGGGUAAAGUCUCUGCAAAAAAUAAGUAACCAAAAGCUUAAACUGAAAUUCUCGGUCAGACUCCCUGGGGACAGGGGUGUGUCAUGCUGGCCUCCCACUCCAGGGCUCAACGGCUGUUUGUGUCCCCACCCGUGCGUAAGGCACCCUGCCCACCUCCCACACUACGGUGCUGUGCAGCCACUCCAGCCCUGUCCCAGGAGCCAGAGUCUAAGGACGAGCCAUGCCAUUCCAGAGCCGCAUCCAGAACCCAGCAGCAUACCACUGAUUUGGCCCGUGGUGACGUUUUAAUCUUACAGGCUGGGAGCAGGAGCCUUUCUGAGCAGGACAGCCACACCGCACCCACUGCGCUGAAGCUGAGAGCAGGAGACAAGCACGGUCUAGUUGCCCGCUCAAAAUGUUACCUGAAACUUGGAGACACAGAAAAUGCCCUGAAAGAUGCUGAAGCUUCUCUCCAAAAUGACAAAACAUUCUCCAAGGGACUUUACCAAAAAGCUGAGACAUUAUAUACCAUGGGUGAUUUUGAAUUUGCAUUGGUGUUUUAUCAUCGAGGCUACAGACUACGUCCAGAACUACAGAAGUUCAGGCUGGGUAUCGAGAAAUCCCAGGAGGCAAUCGUCAACUGCAUUGGAAGUCCAUCCUCAGUUAAACUGGAGAACAAAGAGGAUCUGUGCUUUAUAAGCAGGCAGGCAGAGAGCAAAAAUACGACCCAGAAACCGCAAAUCAAACUGACUAAGGAUCAAAAAUGGACGAGGAAACAGGAGCCUGUGAGGAAUCCAAAAACAGAGCGACAGCUUCUUGGAGAGCUUUAUGCUGACAAGGCCUACCUAGAAAAGUUGCUCAAGGAUGAAGAUUUGAUGGAGAGCAGCACAAAGCAGGGGAUCAAAGUAGCAGACCUGGUUUUGAGUGGCAUUUCCUACCUCGACACACGCAGUGAUUUCUGGCAGCAGCAGAAGCCUAUUUAUGCCCGCGUGAGAGAGCGCAAGCUCAGGCAGCAAAGGUGGAUCCGGGACAAGAAACGAAACGCAGCUGAGGUUGGCAGAUACAUUGUGAAGAGUAUGGAAGACAUCGAUAUGUUGCUGACUGGCGACUCCCCUGAAGAAAGCUGCAAGAAAGCUGAGCGUGUGCUAAAAACAAUACGAGGGUGGCCAGAUAAUGAAGUUCCCAACAAGAACGAGCUGAUUGGAAACCUCUACAGCUGCAUUGGGAAUGCCCAGCUGGAGAUGGGCCAGAUGGAGGCAGCUCUGCAAAGCCAUAAAAUGGAUCUGGAAUUUGCCAGGCAGAAUGAUCUGCCAGAUGCUGUAUCCAGAGCCCUUGAUAACAUUGGCAGAGUUUAUGCCCGAAUCGGCAAAUUCCAGCAAGCUAUUGACACUUGGGAGGAGAAGAUUCCAAUGGCAAAAUCCAGCUUGGAGAAGACCUGGCUGUUCCAUGAAAUUGGCCGAUGUUACCUUGAGCUGAAUAAAGCUGAAGCAGCCCAAAAUUACGGACAGAAGUCCCUGCAGUCAGCAGAUGAAGAGGGAGAUGCUGAGUGGCAACUCCAUGCUACGGUACUAGUGGCACAAGCACAAGUAAAAUUAAAGGAUUACCGGUCUGCAAUCAUCCACUUUGAAAAAGCACUUGACAAGGCAAAGCUUACUCACAGUGAAGCUGCUCAAAAGGCCAUCAUUAUUGCCUUAGAUGAUGUGAGCAAAAGGUUCAUUGAAGAGCUGAACAAAAGAAGAGGAGAAACAACAGUUAACUUUCCUAAAGAAAACAGCUCCAGUGCCCAGAAGGCAGAAGCGAAACGUGACUGAAAGUGGGAAUAAACGAGACCCGUAGCGUUGAGGCCUUCAGAAACAUCAGCUGCAUCGUAAGAGUUCACAUAGCAUUGAUUUCCUUGCAAACGGCGAAUUAAAAUCUUCAUCAAA